GUUGGGCCUAAAGAGGAAAGCAAAAGACUUCCAAAAUACCCAUUUUCUCAGUCCCUCUUUCUUCCCUUCCUUUCCCAUUUUUUCCGUUCUCUCUCCUAUUCCCACUAUCCCUUUCUUCUGCCUUCCCUUUAUCAUCAAAGUACAUUAUCCACUCUUCCCAAUUUCUGCUUUCCAAUUUUUUUAUUCAGUUUCCCAAUUCCCUCCCCCCAUGCUUCUUUCUGCUGAAAUCCGACUGCCCAAAAUGUUCAAAUCCCAUUACCCUUUACUUCAAAUCCUCUCUCAUUGUCACAUUUUGUUCUAAUACGAACAUGGAGCUUUGCUUGUGAAGUUCUACCAGGGCGUGAAGUUGAAUUAGGAAGGACCCUGAUUGAGGAAUUUUCUAUUGGGAAUGACUUAAAGCACCUUGGAAAACGUUUCACAAAUUGCUACUUAGAUAAAGUUUUUGGGAACUGAGAGUGYGUUGAGGAGUGAAGGAAGUUGCUUGAUGUAUUUGAGACUCGGGGGGAUUUGUAAUAUGGGUGAAGGAUCUAUGGAUGACAUAAAAGGAACUAGAGUUACUUUGAUCGAGUCAUCGUCUUCGAGAUUAAUGAAGAGGUCGCGUGCUCCCGGGGGUGGAGCCCAAGUCCCUUUGUGUUUGGUUGAUGGAUGCAGUUCAGACCUUAGCAAAUGCAGGGACUACCAUCGUCGCCAUAAAGUAUGCGAGCUCCAUUCUAAAACACCGAAAGUAACCAUUUGCGGUCAAGAACAACGGUUCUGCCAACAGUGUAGCAGAUUCCAUUCUUUGGUGGAGUUUGAUGAUCGAAAACGAAGCUGUAGGAAACGUCUCGAUGGACACAACCGACGUCGAAGAAAGCCUCAGCCAGCUUCUAUGGCACUAAAUGCAGGAAGAUUUCUCUAUGGUAACCAAGGUCCGAGAUUCUUGCCAUUUGGUAAUCAACUACUCCCUGCCAGUGAUAAUGUCAGCUCUUCUUGGAUUGGAGCGAUCAAACCCGAGAACAACGCCCCUCUUUGCGGCAGCAAUACGCAGUUCGGCUUUGCUGAUAGAAGAAAAGAUAUGUUGCCUGGGUCUCUGGCUUCUGAUUACAAAGAAAAACAACUAGCAAUCUCUUAUAUCCCUAUAGGACUGCUUCCCAAAUCAUCCAAUAUCCAGCCAUUUCUCGAUGUUGGAUCGAGCAAUGGCGAGAAUGUUCAGAAAGUGCUCGGAAACGGAUCGAAUCGAUUCUUCGACUCUGACUGUGCUCUCUCUCUUCUGUCAACACCAGUUGAGCCUGGGGAGAUUAAUCUAAGCUCCAUGGUCCAACCCAACCUCAUCCCCCCAGCCCAUUUCAUCCACAGCGACAGUCUCGGCUUGGAGAGUGACCCCGGGAAUUCUGGUUUGGUUUCGGACGGUAGCAGCGAUGCAAACAUCCGGUGCUACUCGACGUUCCAGAUCGGACCUGAUGGAUCUUCAGUAGAUUUAUUCAGGUUUUGAAACAUGAAAGAAUUUGGUCAUUCUCUUCUAGGUUCUGAGAUAAGAUCUAUCUAAUAUGCUUAGGAUUUAAAAAUCAGCCAUUUUCAAUCUUUCAAUCUCUGCUUUCUUUUUGUUUUGGGAGUUUUAAGAUUGUUCCUACGUUGUGUGUUUAAUGUCUCUUUCAAUGUCUUUAACUUUGUUCA